CUUUAUAAAUACAAGAAAUAAAAACAAAAAACCUAAAAUUCUUAACUUCUACUGCAAAUACUUCCUCAAUUCGUCGAAUCUAUCAAAUCCAAAACCCAUGACGAACGGAGCAACAUCGCCGGUGACGGCGGCGACACUGAAGGUUGAGCAUAGCCCACUGCUUUCUCCGACCAGCUCCCAGUCGGUGACGGAGACGGUGAAUGGUUUCCACCGUUUCGUGAUCCAAGGUUACAGCUUAGCCAAAGGGAUGGGCAUUGGGAAGCACAUUGUCAGCGAUAAUUUCACUGUAGGUGGCUACCGGUGGGCUAUUUACUUUUACCCCGACGGUAAAAACCCCGAAGAUAGUUCCACUUACGUCUCCGUUUUCAUUGCAUUGGCUAGCGAAGGCACCGAUGUUAGGGCCUUGUUCGAGCUUACGCUUAUGGAUCAGAGCGGCAAAGGCAAACAUAAGGUUCAUAGCCAUUUCGAUCGGUCCCUUGAGAGUGGACCUUAUACCCUCAAAUAUCGCGGCAGUAUGUGGGGAUACAAGCGCUUUUUCAGACGAGCAUUACUUGAAACAUCAGAUUACCUCAAGGAUGACUGCUUGAUAAUAAAUUGUACGGUUGGAGUUGUUGUGUCGGCGAUAGAUUGUUCCCGACUACACUCAAUUCAAGUGCCAGUGUCUGAUAUAGGAGCUCAUUUUGGUAUGCUGCUAGAAAAUAUGGAAGGUUCAGAUAUUACAUUUGACGUGGCUGGAGAAAAGUUUCGUUCUCAUAAGUUGGUAUUGGCUGCUCGAUCCCCUGUUUUCCGAUCUGAAAUUUUUGAUGGGGUGGACGAGCAAAAGAAAGAGAUGGUUAUCACCGAUCUAGAACCUAGGGUUUUUAAGGCCUUGUUGCACUUUAUUUACAGAGACACUCUUUCGGAAGAUGCGGAGAGUGUUGAGUCUAGUUCUGCUUCCUUGUCAUCAGUAUCCGAAACACUAAUAGCUAAAUUGUUAGCAGCAGCAGAUAGGUAUUGUCUAGAGAGACUGAAAUUAAUGUGUGAAUCUCGUCUCUGCAAGAAUAUAUCUGUAAAUUCUGUUGCCAAAAUUCUAGCUUUGGCUGAUGAAUAUCAUGCUACGGAAUUAAAAGCUGUUUGUCUCAGAUUUGCUGCUGAAAACCUUGCAGGUCCAUCCCGGUCUCUAACAUGUGUUCUUAUAGCAGCUGUCAUGCGAUCGGAUGGCUUUGAAUACUUAAAAGACAACUGCCCUUUACUUCAGUCAGAGCUCCUCAAAACCAUCGCAGGUUGCGAGGAAGAUUAUAGCAGUGGCGGAAAAUCACGAAGUGUAUGGGCACAACUCUCAGACGGCACCGAUACAAAUGGCAGGAGAGUCAGGCAAAGAACAUGAUUGGAAGAUGAUUGAUUGUUCAAAUUGUAAAUGAAUUCGAAUUCGAUCAUGUAGCUGAGAGAGAGAGAAUGGAAUUUUGUAGAUUUGGGUGAGUUUUUGUAAAUCUCUGGUAAGUGCCAUUGCUAACAAUUUUGUCAUUUUGGAAAUGGAGAUUCAACAACAGUGAAUUCUACUGCAUAA